AUGCACACUAAGAACUCACUCCGUCUUUCAUUUUCUCUCCUACUCUUAUUGGCCGCAGAGACAGUUGCCGAUGACGAUGAUACUGAUUUUCUUAUUAAUGUCUUCUCUGAUCUUGGCCCUGUCCUCGCAUUAUUCGGCGAACAAUUUGCUCGACAAUUCCUAAGUGAGACCUUUACCUGGUACGAUCAUGUGAUCUUCGCGUGCGUUCCUUUGGGCAUCAUGACAGCGAUUGCCGGUGCCAUUCGGGUCCAAGGCCAUACGUUUCUCAAGGCCUUCAUCGGUCGUGCUCGUGAGAACAAAGCAGCUGCAGAGAUUGAGUACAUGUCUUCCACUUCAGCCGAAGUCGGUGAACUCUUCAAUGGAAAGGGCAUCGUGCGAACAAUGGGAGAGCCCGAAAUUGCGCAGUUUAUCGUAUUCCCUGAUGAACUCUUGAGGGAGAAGAAGGGUGCACAAAAGCAAUCAUACGGCAUACACACCCUCAAGUCCGCAUCUCAAGAAGGCAUUCUAUCCAAGGAAGGCUAUUGCGAUGAACUUGAUCUAGCAGCACAAAAUUGGUUAAAGUCAUUCAAGGGUACAGUGACUCGUAAAAGGGAUAUUGAGCAAGCAGAAGACGAAUUUGGUCAUCCUAUCUCAGAAAUUGGCAGAGCAAACCCAUUAGAAAAGAACGAUAGGUUUCCCAAGUAUUGGGAAUCCCUGAAAUUUCCUAAUCUACAGCUGAACAUUGCAACCGAAAAGAUAUCACCAAGAAGGAGAAGUAUUGAACUACACUUGGCCGCCAUUGUUGCAGUCAUUCUCCAGGCCUCCCUUCUUGUUAUAGCUGGUGUCGUCCCUUACCGUGCUCAUGGCUACGAGACUCAACCUUGGGGGAUUCCCUGCUACAUCGGCGGCUCAGUCCUUCUUUUCAUUGGUAUGCUUGCAUGCUCUGUUGCCAUUGAGCGAAGCACCAAGGAGUUCAAAUGGCGGCCGAGCUCAGGCAUCACUAAUAAGACGCAAAACUCCUCUGAAGUCCAGCGUCAGUCCAUGGAUUUGUUUUGGGUACAGCGGAAGCAGCGAGUCAGUGACCAAGACUUCGAUUCUUAUGUGAUCUCUUCCCGAAAUAAGCAAUUUAUAUCAACUUCUAGUCGACAAGAAGAUGUGCUCUCGGGAAAGAACAACAAAGGAAACAAAGGAUGUAGGCGAAUUGAGAUCGGUCAGAUUGAUGACAACGCAUCGAAGAAUAUUCCACAAGCGAACAAACCAGCCCGAUCUGCUGAAGAUAGGGGAUUGGAGUCAGACUUUCUGGCAGUAACUGCGAUAUUGGCUGGUGGCGCCGGUUUCACAAUCCAGUUCAUUGGCCUCAGGGGACUGCCAUGGCCUUGCGCUGUUGCUCAGCUUGGCGCCAUCAUCGCUAUGGCUAUCAUCAGAGCCCUAGUUCGUCGAAGACUCGGAGACGAUCCAAGCUAUUGCCAUGCCCCUUCUCGGUAUGAGCUAGACCUCCUUGCUACUCAACUCGUCGACUACUCAAGGACACGGCUGCGUAAUCAGCCACUGAGGCCCUCACAGAAAGACUGGACAUGGCGAGUCGAUACGGCAAAACAUCGACUACAGAGUAUAUACUGGUUCCGUAUUGGAAACUGUCUAAAUCCAAGUGCCUCUGGUUCGAAUCACGAGGAUUCUGCAUUUUCACAGCCCGACCAAUCGAACGAGGCCCAGCAGAUCAUGCUUGUUCGAAAGCGACUAGGAGAUCUAGUUCGGUGGGAGACGGAGGCAUUCAAGCCAGCUCUGGCAUUAGCUCGUUCCAUCGAGCGAUUUUUGGACGAGUUUAUGCCCGUUGCAGACCAGAACCUCGUAGAAUGGAAAGUCCCUAUGAGAGACUCAAAGGCAAACCGUUCUGCUGUGACACUUGCAGUCACUAAGAAGGGCUCCAGUGGCUGGCAGAUCAAAGUUGGCGAAGUUGAAGCCAUCUUGUCACUAUGGAUGGCUCACCUGGAAGCGACCAAAGUUGCACAAACGAAAGAUAGAGAAAAGUCUGAUUGGCAAAGAUCCAAAGCUGGUACAGCACUGGGAGUUGACUAUUGCAGGAUCCUCGGACCAAAUGACCAACGCGGUGUCUUGGAGCGAGAUAUCAAGUGGUGGGUGGGCAAUUCUGCUCUGACCGAAAUCCAUAUGGCUAAAAGAAUGGACGAGGAAGUGACUGGCCCUAGGUAUCGAACUUGCGAGGCUUCAUAUCAUUGUAAGGAUCCAGGACAUGAUGAUGUUAAGAUGGUUAUAGGUUUUAUGGGGCCACUCAAGCCUGAGAAUAAUCACAAGUUACUCGUGCAGCACUCUACAGCUGGGUUGGCCACCAUUGCUGCGCAGCACCUUUUUACGAGUUUCCUAUGGACCAUUGUUGAUCUGGAACAACUCCCAAAAGAUUUCCUCGACCAAGGCUCCAUAAACAUCCAUGAAUAUGUCAGUAUUCAGCCACCCAAGCCAUUAGAUCUGGAAUCAACCAAACUUGGCAUAAGUCGAAAGCUGAGUCAUACCAAACUGACCAGAUUCGCUCUUCAUGCCGAGAAAGAGGGUCUUGGAGUACUGGAUGACAUUCUUUUGUGCCUCAUCCCCAUCUUCAGCCUGAAAGAUGUUCUUCCCAACGACGCUGUGCUGAAGCUUGACUUGCCUGGCCUAGGUGGGCAAAUUGUGUGGGCAAAAGACGCAUCGAUUUACUUGGCGUUCCUCAAGUUCAUAACUAAGGAUUCUGAGUGCAAUUUCUACGACUACCUUUCUUUGGCAACUGUAGUCCAUGCACUAGACUACAUCUACCUUAUGGCCCUCAACAGUGAAAAUAUGGCGUAUGGUAAGGCGUUGUCUCGAGAGAAUGAUACGGUCGCCGAGUCCCAUUCGAAUAGUCACAGUGCGGACUGCAAGCCUCUGAACCGACAGUCUUCUGGCGACUUGCGAAAGCUAAUAGAACAUCUCUCUCUAUUCUUCCCUGACGCGAUCAAGAAACUCCUGGUGUUUUACAAGCUACAGGGGCGUGAAGACUGUUUCUAUGAGCUUGACAGCUACUGUGAAAAGGCAACGCAGAUUGGACCCCAUGGGGCUGGAAACGGCAACGAAACCUUGAUGAGACAAAUAAGGUUCACUACACUCCAUUGUCAGGCUUCUAACAUAAUCCCUACCAAUCUAGGGUUGUUUCAAGGUAUAACCCCCAAUGUUACUAAAUCACAGAGAGACUUUAUGCUUACUAGAACUGUAGGGAAAGACUGGAGAAAGCGAGACAUCUUUGGCUGGACAGCUCUGCAUUAUGCUGCCUCUUGCAAAGAGUUUGAAUUUUUCGACGAGCGCCAGCAUCCCGUCGUGCCUAACAAUCAUCUUCCUGGUUAUCUCAAAGCCCUGCUACAGCAUGAUCACCCACAGACCUGGUGGCUCGACAAUUUUGGCAGAAGCCCAGUUCAUGUGGCUUCACUUACUGGAAAUCACAGCUUCUUGGAGAAGCUAUUAGGAAGCUUGUUAGUGAAAGAAUUGAGAUCCAGCUUGGAAGCGAAAGGAUCAGACGGUAUGACUCCCAUGCACCUUGCAAUGCUGGGAGGUCAUGCAAAGUGUAUUGCGGUCAUCAAAAAAGCUAUCAACCUACAGGAACUUGAAUUGCCGAUGGACGCUUGGAAACGGAAUCCAAUUCAUCUCGCUGUUGCCAAGGGCGAAUAUGGAUGCUGUAAGGAGCUGAUUUGCGACGAAAGUCUUAACUUCACACCAUAUGCUCUCGAUAUUCAUGGGAGAUCUCUCUUCUCGUACCUUGACGAAGCAAAUGGAGAACAAAGAUCAGUUGGGUGCCUGCUUCUCAAGGUUCACUCAAAACUCUUUAACAACAAAGACAACGAAGGUCAGUCUGUUUGGCACUAUGGGAUCAAGUUUUUGGGUGAAGAGGCAAUCGAUAUUUUGCAAGACCAGCAUCUAUCAACCAUCAACGCCAGCAAUAAUUCUGGCCAAACUCCUCUACAUCUGGCAAUCCAACUUCAGAGCCAACGGAUUUUCAAUCGUUUACUGAAAAUCGGCGCUGAACCGGGCGUCAAUGAUGCUGGAGAUCAGUCUCCGUUGAUGUUUGCUUGCUCCCGUGGCGAAGCGAAAAUGGUCAGGACCAUGCUCGACAUUAAAAGGAAAACCGCAAGAGACAAGGACAAAGAUGGGAAGUCUUCGUUGCACUAUGCGAUUGAGUGCAAAAGCUGCAACGACGAAGAUCGAGAAAAGAUUGUCAAGUCGCUUGUGUCAGCCAUGAAAGGAAUCGACGUAGAGGAUAAACAGGGCUGUACGCCACUACAUCUUGCGUGUCAAAGCUCCAAGAGUUCGAUAGUUUCUAUUCUUAUGGAGAAGGGAGCUAAUCCGGAUUCAAAGGAUGAUAAAGGAAAUAAUGCCCUUCAUUAUACAGUAGGGCUUUGGCCGCAACCUGGUGUUGCAACGUCCACUUGGAGAGAAGAAAUUGCUGAAAAGGUUUUGAAGAGGUCACCUGCAUGCAUCAGGGACCAAAACGAAAAUGGACAUACAGCACUCUUUUUGGCGCUUUUACGAAACGAGGAAGAUGCUAGUAUCUUUCUACUACAGAAUAACGCUGACCCUCAAGUCAUAAGCGACAAGGAGCCUGUAUCCCCGUUUAUGUGGGCAUGUCAGCAUGGCGGGCCAUUGAGCUUCAUUUCAAUGGUCAUGCUGAUGGCUGGACAGCAAAAUAGUAACAUUGAUCUCAACCAAGGUGAUGCAGUAUUUAAUCAGUCAGCCCUUGCAUGGGCGUGCGAAGGGAAUAGGACCGAGGUCGUCAAGAUGUUGCUCGAGACUAGCAAUUCAGCCCAAUUUGAAGACAAGCUCGACCUCAACAAACGAGCAACAGGGUACAGAAACGCAACACCACUUCACCACGCACUCAUUGAAAAGAACCAUGAUAUUCUGAAACUGCUGCUUGAUGAUCCUAGGAUCAUGCGUGGGUUGGGUGCGACCGAUUGCGAUGGCCUCAAUCUCUUAGAGUUCGCUUUCGAGAGAUCGGAUCAGAGAUGCCUCACCACAUUGCUGUUACACCAUCACACAAAAUCGGCAGUGUUCUUCAUGGACGGCUGGGAAAUUAUCAUCCAGAAACAUGCAUCUUUGGUCAGCAACCUCGAACUCUGGGACGAAUGGGAGCGCGGCAUUCUUGACCCUCAACGCGAGGUGCUGUUUCCUAUUCACAAGCUGGCCGAAGCUGGUCGACAAGAGAUGAUUGAGUCACUUCUCCAUAGUGGCAUGAACGUCCAUGGAAUGGACGAAGACAACUGGACACCCGCCGAUGUCGCUGCCAGUUACCAUCAUAAGGAACUCGAGGAGCUUCUUCGCAAAGACGAUCCCAACAGAGAUCUGGCUAUACACAAGUACUCUCAGCCGUCAGCCUUCAUUAACGUUUAUCAGGGACCAGAACUUACGACAUCGCCUACAGACGAGCCAUCGCUGUCUUUCGUCUUGGGCGUGAAUGUUCCCCCUACUGCAGAAGGUAUGGGUAGCUAUCUUCGCACUCAAGAGGCGAUUCCUCCCGACUCGAAAUGUUUUUACUAUGAAAUAGAAGUCCUUCAUGUCAGCAAUGAGACAUGUUGUGUCUUUGGCUUCUGUCAGGCUUUUGUUCCUCAGAGAUCGCUGCCUGGCUGGCAUGAGGGAUCGUGGGCCUAUCACGGAGAUGAUGGGGGAUUAUAUGUAGAAGAAGCAUGGCAUAUAAGUCGGGAAAGUGAUCAGACUUUCGAUAUAGGCGAUAUUGUAGGCUGUGGUAUGAACUUCGAAACUGGUAAGGGGUAUCGCACCAAGAAUGGAGUCCUGGUUGAUUCUUGCAAUGCGUUUGAUGGUCACAACUUCUCGAGGGGCAAAUUCUAUCCAUGCAUAGGAUUUGGCGCCAAUACGCAGGGAACUCAGAUGCAAAUUCGAGUUACGUUACGAGCUUCUGAGGAGUAUUCUUUUUGUUUCAAAGGACCAUACGAUGGACGGACUGCUGAACCAAGAACUCAGUCAUCGAAGUAG